AUAAAAGACCCCUAGCUAGUCCACAUGGCAUACAGUUCUCCAAUUGUUCUUCACUCGAAACAAUCUCGAGACCUCCAACGCAAAAAUGUUCGCCAUCAAAUUCUUGGUUCUCUUCGCCGGUUUGAUCGCCGCCAGCUCUGCUGGUCUGAUCCCAGCUGCGGUCCCAGCAGCGGUCCCAGCGGCUUUGACGGUCGGAACGUACGCGACUAGCUACAACGCGCACGCGAUUAAUCACGCGUUCGCCGCUCCUUACAUCGCCAGCCCUGUGGUCGCCCACGCCGCACCGCUCACCUACUCUAGCUAUCCCGCCGCCUACUCCAGCUAUCCCGCUGCCUAUAUCGCCGGCAGACGCUAAAGACUUUGUACCUGUUCACGUUCAUCGCUCGAGGACAGCCGCGAACAUCCGGUUGCGUGUUGCCGAAACAACUGCCUAACCUUCGAUCGAUCGUCCUCCAGGACUCUGGAACGUAACAUCGAACGACAACGACUUGGGACACAAAUGGACACUGGCGACCGCGUAUCAGGAUGUACCGGCCCUGCGUCCUCGCUCUUCGUUUAACUUUUCUUACUGUUUCGAUCGAUUCUAAUUUUGCAAGAAAACAAUAAAAAAUUAUAAGUAUUCCCGUUAAAA